ACUUUGGCGUAUAAUACAUACCACACCGUCUGCUAUGGGUUUUUAUUUAUUUCAUAUAUAUUUAAUAACAUAUGUCUUGUGAAGAAUGGAAAUUAAAAUCCGUACGAUGCAAACCAAAUAUUCUGUGGAGCAACGUAUAAUUGCAAGUAUCAACUCAGAAAUUGGCGAUGGUUGCAAGAAACUUCAUCAUGCUGCUGUAUUGGCGAAUAAGUACUAUGCUUCUAUUAAAGGAUUAAAAGAGAGAUUGGGCAGUGAGUAUGACGAUGAAUUGAGACCCUCAGAUAUUAAAACGGCACUGCAAAACCAAGGAACUGUGAGUCAAAGCCUUGAGUUCCAAAAAGAAAAACUUUGUCAUUUCGAAAAUAAAUUGGUGGCAAAAACUAGAGAUUCGGAUAGAGCGCUUAGUCAGAUAUUAGACGAUUUAAAAAAAGUGCGGAAGCUACAGCAUCUGACGCAAUAUUUAAAACUUGUUCAAGAUAUACAGUUGAUCAGCCAGAGUCUUAAUAGCGCUAUCAAUGGAAAGGACGAGGCUAAAAUGGUCAAUAUAUAUCUAACGCUAUUUGAAAAUAAUGAUUGUGAGAAUAGUAUCAUCGGUCGAUUAUGUGACAUUGAAGCUCAUUACCUUAAAGUAUAUGCUAUAGAAACGGCUACCUACUGGCACAAAGUUCUCAGUGAUAAAUUUGCAAGUGAGCUGGAGUUUGUCUUAAAGUCAAUGCGUUGGGGUUAUAAAGAAUAUGACUCACUGACGUUUUCACCAACACGAGAUAGCAUUAUCAAAGCUCAGCUGUUAGCCGAAUAUUUAUUUUUAAUAAAGUCACCGACCGAAGAGACUGAACCACUGGAAUUGAUCACACCAAGCAUAACUUGCCCAAUAGUUAGCACUGUUACAAAGCUGUUACUGGCUCCAUAUAGACAAAGAUUCCAAUAUCACUUUACUGGUGUGCGGCAAACAAAUCGUUUGGACAAACCAGAAUGGUUCUUUACACAAAUACUUAAUUGGAGCAAAGAGGGUCAUCUCUUCGUUGGACAGACUUUUCAACCAGCAGCAGUAAAAGCUGGCAAACUUAAUUACAAUAUACGUUUAGAAUUCAUUCGUGGCCUCGUACAAUUGAUAAUUGAAAAACUUUCUGCCGAUAUUGAGGAAAUAUGUCAGGACGAACUUCUAUUUGCUCAUCUGCUGGACGAGACUUUAGCUUUCGAGGCUGAGCUCCGAGGGACUUUUGGAUACCCUAGUAGUUUUCCCAGUGUGAUAAGCGUUGUAACUCAACCAAUUUAUUUGCUGAAGUGGAUUUCGCUUGAAGAGCGUUUUUGCGCAGAGAAAAUGGAUCUUAUAUUACAUGGUGAUAGUCCUUGGAUGCGUAUUGACCCUAACUUUUACGAUAAUGAUUUAAAAAUUCCCAAAUGUGCUGAUCAAUUCAUACGCCUGCUUGAAGCUAUAAAGGAUCGGUAUUACACGCUUAUUCAACCAGGCCAGCAAUUACAAUUUCUUUCGCUUCAAUUAGAACUCAUAGAAAAUUUCCGACGGCGCCUCGUGCAACUUUAUAGCAGUGGGGAGGUUGAAAUCAUAUCCAUUUUGAAUGCUAUCAAUUACUUAGCGUUGGUGCUGCGUGAAUGGGGUGAAAAUGUUCAUUAUUUGCAUUUGCAUGUUGCGCUAGUAGGCCCGAAUUCAACUGAAAUUCAGUCAGUGUUUGAUCAACCAGUCAGUGAGCUAGAACACUGGAUACAUAAGCUUAUUGAAAGCUUAGCGACGAAGGCGGUAAGUGAAAUAAAAGCAAAAUCCAUGCCUUAUCGGCAUGACUGUUGGUCCAGCUUACCAGACCAGAGUUCCAAAGAGCCUUUCAUUUUAUCUUCCAGUGCAGGGGAGAUGUUUCAGGUGAUGGUAACAACACUUCACAAUAUGGAGCGUGAACUAUCUUUAAACCUCUUUAAUCUUACACUGCGAAUGAUUUCCAAUCAACUAGAUGACUUCCUAUUUGACAGUCUUGUUAUGAAUAAUAAAUUUUCACCAGCAGGCGCAGCGCAAUUUAAUUACGACAUGACCCGUAAUCUGUUCGCGCUGUUUGGACAAUAUUGUCGACGACCAGAUUUGCUUUUCAAAAAAGUUCACGAUUCGAAGAAGUUGCUGAAUACAGCACGUGGGACUGCAUUGUUGUUACUCGAAACGCUAAAGGCCGAUACAACUCUAGAGCAAAAGCUAAACGUUCUAAAGGACUUAGGCAUCGUCAAUUUCAAAUAUCAAACUUGCAUAGAAGUUUUGGAGCGGCGAACCGAUAUAAAAAUAUUUUGAUUAAAGGUUUAUUUAAAUAUAAUACAAAUAUAUAAUAUAUAUAAUAGUGGUUAUAUAAUUAGGUACAUCAUACCUAACAAACAAUUUAUUAGAAUUAUGUCUAGAAACCUGUUUUCUUUGCCAGCAUCCAUUUUAUUUAGUUUUUGCUUUGACGUUUUUCUUUACACUCGUAAAAAUAAUGAACUAUUACAUAGAAAACACAGGGUUGUAUGUCAAAAAGUACCGUUAUUAUCUAGGUUUUUUUAUAAUCUCAGAUUUUGGGAGAGAAAUUUUGUAUGGGAAAUCUCACUUUUUGAUUACGGGUAGGGAGUUAAGCACGAACAAGUAGAUCAUCUACUUAUAUGUGAACGUAUUAUAAAUACCAUAAUAAACAAAUUAAGAAUUUUUAUGAAGCUUGAUCUAGAUAAAGCACAGUCAAUAUUAGAAUUAAAUAGCUC